UAACAUCCGAACGCAUUCCUCAGCAUAGCUGCCAACAUCUCUGGAAGAAGACCAUUUAGGCUAGUGUCAACAUCUUACCACACAUCCCUGGAAUAAGAGCUUAUAUCACCAGCACCUCAGACACACAUCCCGAAAUAAGACCGGCAGCACAGACGCGUCGAAUCCAUCUCGCUGUAUUUUCUCUACGGGUUCGGCAAAAGCUUUAGGAGUAUGCAAGGUCCAAGCUCCGCUAAAUAUAUUCUAUCUGUAGUGCGGACACUGCUAAGCGCCGCCCACUGCUGAGUCAAACUGUGGUGCACAAACUGCAGAGAGGAGAGCAAGAGUGCUUUACCCAAUUCUGUUUUCACACCAGAUUUGCACGAGGCUGGCCUCCCAACAUGUCUGCAGAACUGGAAACCAGCACACCCCCAGUCGAGCAGGCAUCUUUUAAAACACCCUCCAAAAAAGAAAAGAAAAAGGCUGCAGCAAGCCCAGAGAAAACAGAUGAGUUCCUGCUAGCCAGGUUUAGAGGGAAUGGGGUUCGCUACAAAGCUAAGUUGAUUGGGGUAGAUGAUGUCCUGGAAGCAAGAGGAGACAAGAUGAGCCAAGACUCCAUGAUGAAACUGAAGGGCAAGGCGGCUGCUGCUCGCUCUCAGGGCAAACACAAGCAGAGAGUUUGGGUGAACAUCUCUCUCUCAGGAAUCACUGUUACUGAUGAGAAAACAGGGGCAAAAAUACUGGAGCAUGCAGUGAAUAAGAUCUCCUUCAUUGCACGAGAUGUUACUGACAGCAGAGCGUUUGGCUAUGUGUGUGGUGCGGAGGGCCAGCACCAGUUCUUUGCCAUUAAAACUGCACAGCAGGCGGAGCCUCUUGUUAUUGACCUGAAGGAUCUUUUUCAUUUAAUCUUCAAUAUGAAGAAAAAAGAAGUUGAAGGUUCAAAGAAGAAUGGCACGGAAGCCUCACACAAUGACAGAAAAUGUGUUGAACAGCUGGACUUGUUUGGAGACAUGUCGACCCCACCUGACUUAAACUCCCCCUCGGAGUCUGAGGACAUCCUAUUGAUGGAUCUGUCUACUGAGAUAGACAGCAAUCAAAAUUGCGUUAAAGGAAACCCUUUUACCUCAUCUUCUGUCCCCAGAGCCCAACACAGCCUCUUGCCUGAGAACCCAUUCUCCUCUCAGCUCAACUUCUUCCCCACCCCUAUCCAUGACCCAUUCAGCGAUGACCCAUUUUCCACUAGCAACAACCAAACAAUCAGGGACGACCUUGCCACAGCCAACCACAGUUGUUAUUUCAAUGGUGGCCCUAAGAAUGGUGACUCUGACUACUUGGGCCAGCAGUUUGACCAGCUCUCCAACAGGACAGUCAUCCAGGCCCUCAGUAAUGACCAGUGGCCUUUAGAUGGUAGAGUUGUGGAAGUGACAUCCUGGACUCAGAACACUGUGCCAGCUCGGGAGCAAAAUGGACAUGAACAUGUGAAGCUUAAUCAAUUUCUGGGAGGUUCUGAGAAUAUGCAGCCAGUGCAGAAUGGAGUGAAACAUGAGAAUGAAGGCAUGGCUGAACUGCCUAUCAAUCAAGCCAAGGAUUCGGUCAUUAUAAGCCCUCCUCCACUCAAUACAAAAGCCGGGAGGGGGAGGAGGAGUGUUAAGUUGCCUUCAAAUGAAAAACCUGGGACAGAUCUGUUUUCUUCACCGAACCAAUCCGAAUCACCGUCUCCUCAACCCGAGAAUGGCACUGUCAACUCUGUCAGUCUAUUCAGCAAGAGCCCCACCUCCACUGACAGAUUCACAGCUCUUGUCUCCGCUCCUGGGGCAGCUCCAUGGAAUCAGCCCGUCUCCUCCAUCUUCCCCAGCACCACCUAUGUCUCUCAGCCAUUCACCCAAGCACCUAUCUUCUCCACUUCUCCUGUGCCUGCCUGGGAAACAACUCCUGGUGGUUUUGGAACUUCUCCUGCUAUACAACAGCUUCCAUCAUGGAGUCCCACCCCAGUUUCCAGUGGAUCAAAUAGAUCCAAUGGAUCCUGGACCCCACAAACAACCCUGGGGAACCCCUUCCAAACCAAUGUAUUUCCAACAACUGCAAGCAUUAGGCCUGAUGGACAGCUGAGCUCCAGUCCUCCUCCACAGUAUCCACCUCGGGCUAUUCAAACCAAAGAAGCUCCAAAGGUGGACAGUAAUGCUUUUGUUGACCUGGAUCCACUAGGGGAGGCGAAGAGAGAUAUCAAGGACAUGUUUAAAGAUUUCCAGAUGGCAAAGCCACCAAAUGUGCCUGCAAGGAAAGAGAUUCUGAAUGUAGGAGGUCAGAACCCAUUCAACAAGUCCUUUGGAAAAGAUCUAUUUGGCACAUCUGUACCUGCCACUAGUGAUCCUCUCAUAAAAGGAUUAGACCCUUUCAGAGACCCAUUUGGAAACCCAUUUGCAUGAUAGCCAGCCAGCUUAAUGACUCCAUAGUGUCCAAGUAAGGAUCGAAUAAAAGUAAAUGAAAAAGAAAUUAUGCAAAAACAAUUCCAUCACUGAUGUUUGUUACAGCUUUAUAAUGUUUCUGUUCAGCUCACUGAUGCAUGACCACAAGUCUCCACUACAGCUUUUCGUGGAGUACCUUCAUUUUUAUUUAGCUUUCCCACUAAAGUGCAUCCUGUUCAAGAGCAGGUCUCUUAGCUUUGAUGCCACAUCCAUCCUGUAGCAAUGUCUGAGAGCCAAAUGAAGUCUGUGCAGUUCUCCUUUAUUCAUAAACCAGGAUCCAUGUGUUGGUAGUGGACAUCCUGAAAAAUAAACCAUCAUCCAGCACUGAUCUCCUUUUAAAAUAUGGUUAUAACUUACAAUUGCACAUUCAAUUGAAACAAAUAUGACUUGUAGUGCAGUUUGUAUUCUAAAUGAUGGAAUGGUUUUCUGUACUAAAAGAAAAAGCACUCAAAAGCAAUAUAAUAUACAUAUACAAGUAUUCUGCACCAUUAGACAAUGCAUUUUUUUUUCUUCAUGCAGUAUUAUGUUUCACAUGUGUAUGUUUAUGUUUCAAAUUCCUUAUGACAUUUAUCAAAGCUUUAGCACAUGAUUUGUCACCAAGUAAUUUGUAUGAUUUACUGUAUGCUUGGCAUGCAAAUCCAGAUUUUUUUUUGUUGUGCAUCUCAUUGAAUGUUGGUUACUUCAUUAAUUAUUUGAAAUGUACAAACAUGAGCAGACAUAAAGGACAGUAGAGAGACAAUGUAUUUAACUUUUGUAGGAAUGCUUUGAUAUGAUAACUGUGCAAUCAACGCCUGAUGAUCUGCUCUGUUCUGAUCACAUACUGUACUGACCCGUUCAUUGUAAGAGAGCCUGGUAGAUUACACAAUGGUGCUGGCUCUAAUCAACAUAUAUGUGAACUGAAUCCCUUGCAAGAUCACUUUAAUGUUAUUUUCUACAAUCUAUAGUCAGUGCUCCUUUAUUUGUCAGGUCGUGAAAAUGCUUCAUUUACUAAUAUAUACAGGAUGUACUGUCAUCAGGUGGAAAGUUCUCUGUUUUAUUUUGAUUUUACAUUGUAUUGAAAGAGUAAUCCUUAAUUUUACCAUUGGCAUGUUGUCAGUGAUAUUACCAUAACAAACACCUUAAAAAAAAUCAUAUGUACCCAUAACAUUCAUUGGUAAUGAUGCCGGUAUGUUGUACAGUUCCGUUCAUACUGUAUAAGCAAUUAUGGAUAGCACAUUGUUUUGCUCAAAAGGAGAUCAUCCAGAACCAUUCAAUUUAUACUUGAUAUAAGCAUAUUGAUGUGUCUAUCAAGAUCAGUGACAUUGUACUAUAAUUUUCUUUAUUAUAUUUUUCUUUUCCUAUUUGGUAGGUGGGAAAGAAAUGUUUUUCCUCCAGAGAAAUUAAGUGGGUAAAUAUACUGUAUGAUAUUGCAAGGCUUAUCAGUGUAAACAUUGUCCAUAAUCACUGGUAUCCAUUCAUCAAAGUGAUAUCAAAUUUAUCAAACAAAAGAAAGGUGUGUACUACACUGACUGUACUGGAUGUUUGAGCCUUGCCAGAAUGACCUAUGUGAAAUAUAUGUGUGUGUACAUAUAUAAAUAUCUGCUCUGUUAUGCAAUAUGCCAUCUCUACCUUGGAUAUUAUAGAACUAAGGUGUUUUUUAAAGAAAUGUUGUCGCUACAAUAAACUGGAAUUUUAGUUAGUGGAUUAGAUUCUGAAUUGUCAUAUUUAUCUUUUACAAGGUAUGUGUUCAGAUCUGUAAGACCAGUAAGGUCUACUUGACAAUAAAGUGAUAUAUAUUUAAUUUCUUUAAGGUUUUAUUACCUCUUAUUUGAUCAGUAAAUAGGAAUUCAAUUGUUAUUUUUCUAAACACAUAGUAAAUAUUGCAAUUAAGGC